AUGGAUAUCCUCAUUAAGGACGCCGUGCGCAGAGGUGAAAAAAAUUCUGAAAGGGAAACAUUCAAAAUAUCAAUUCGGUGCUCUGUCUCCCCUAAGUCAAUUCUAUAUCAAAAUCAAAAUUGCCCGAAUGACAGAAUCCUGGAAUUUUUGGAUGAGCGUGACGGUCACGAAGCUCCAUCUUUCCCAUACUUCAACUCCCCUGAGGCAUACGAUGACUUUAAUUCCGACAAACACGAUGCAAUCUCAUCGCUCAUUUCAUCUAAUAUAGUGAAUGUUGAGCACAAGAACUCCACCAUAAAUUCUACAGUGUUGAUGAAGGAUGAUACCUUAACUGAGAGCAGCUCAUACAAUAGUAAAUCAAGCGUUGACACCACGCAAUCGACAGACGACGAUACCCUAAUCAAUAUCCCUACGUCAACCCAACACACGGAAGAAAUAAAACCAACAGCUAUCAUAACCGGUGAAGGUACUGUAGGCAAAAUUGUUUCUCAAAAAGAGUGUGGGCUUGUUCACUCAAACCCGAACCGCUUUCAUAAGCACUCGCGUCUAUCGUUUAGGCAACGUCUAAACAAAUACAUUGAAUUAAGCCAUGAGAUCUUGUCUGCAGACUACGUGUUAUCCACUGAGGCUGGCGCCGUUGUCACUGCAAAUAAGGACAACGUCAUCCAAAAAACGAAAGACUCGUCGCAUAAGCAGCAGAUCACGUGUUGCGACACGACCAAGACUCUGCAUAUUCCAUCGGCAAAGGCGUUGCCCACGUUCCAUACUAAUGAUGAACGCAAUGCGGUGUUGGACCAUUCUGGAGUCAGCUUCUGCCCACUUCUCGAGAUCUACAGUAUCUCGCCUUACAUCAACACAAUGCGAGAAGAAAAUAUUAAUCUGUCUCCAUUCAAGCUUUGGGGCUUUAAACCCUUCCUCCAGCCCAGGCAGAACGCAUUCUACAAGACUAAGCAUACUCUUGUCCUGGACUUAGAUGAAACCUUGGUGAGCACCUCUAUCGAAUACAUCGUCGACGCUGAUGCGAUUCUCACCAUUCAGAUGCCCUCAACAACACAGAAACAACAGUCAAGUAACAUCUUGUGUAGGAAAGUGUUAAUUGAAGCCGAGCCUACAAACACUGCGAAUCGUCCCAAGUCAGAUUCGUAUGUGCUUUACAUAAAAUACAGACCCCAUCUUAAGGAGUUUCUGGAUUUCUGUUUUGAGUAUUUCGAGGUUGUCAUCUUCACUGCUAGCAAGAAAUAUUACGCUACGGCAGUGCUUCGACGACUUCAAGAAGAUUUUGGCAUUCAAGUAGUCUUACCGGAUGAUCCUUUGCCUGGUGACCACGCACAGGUAAGCCGUACUAUUACCCUUCUCCAUCGUGACCACUGCACCCCCACAAAUGCUGGCUUUGUCAAGGAUCUCUUCAUGCUUGGUCGUAAUCUGCGCACAACUGUACUGGUGGAUAACGUUGCAAUAUGUGGUUCUUUUCAACCAUUCAAUGUUAUUCGCGUCAAGGACUUUGUGUGGCGUCAACUAACCUAUUCAAAAACUAAAACUUCUAAUGGAAUCAGUAGAUCAGACCCAUGCUCCCAGAGUUUGGUGGGUGCUGACAUCCGAAAACCCUUUAUUUCCGCAAAACUGAAUGUCUUGAGCAAUAGAUCGAUGCCUGAUGAUGACUCCGAUCAAUUUAAAGUCAACUGUUCCACAGCUAUUUGGAAUCGUUUUGAUGACAAUGUGCUGCGCGUCUUGUCCGGUCCGGAGGGUGUGCUGCGACGCAUGGUCUACUGCAGUGAUGUACCACGCUUUCUUUAUCAAGCUAUGCUGCGUAGUGUGAAUGCAGCAGGCAACGUCGAAGAAAACGAUCUCAACUAA